CCAAGAUGGCGAACGGUUCGAAUCGUCGUUCUCGAUCCGACGGCCGGGUUUCGCGCGUCCAAUAUCAUCAGGAGUGCCGAAAUCUUGUGCUCAAACUCUUUUUCGGAGUGAAACAUCGUUGGGUAGCUGCGGACUAUGGACCUCAUGCGAAAUGUAUCAUCAGGAAUGCCGAACGCAGCAUCAUAUAUGUAUGUCGCAGUAUGGCGGUUGGAAAUUCAUACUGCCGUUCUUACGGAGGAGACGAUAACUUCUCACCGACGUUGAUACUGCAAGAGAUAGCUUCACACAGGAGGAAUAUGAAACAACAAAGCACAUAACGGCGAAACGUGCGUUCGCUACUUUCCCAGACACUUCAGGCAACGUCGGUAAGGAAAUUCUUUUCUUUCAUCGUGUGUACGCACAAAGGAGUGAUAAUCAUUUUUCCAAAUAUUCCUGAGUGGAAGACAAUGCGAUGUGUCACGUUCUAAUUAGUACAAUUAGCAAGUGACAUCGGACCUGUUUUUGAGAACAGUCUGCUUCCGUUUGUGAGAGACAUCGUUUGACAGAGACACGGUGUUUUUGUCGAGAAAACCAGAGGAGACCGAUUCGAGAUCGUAAAAACGAGUUGCUCGUAACUCGAGCCCUGGGUGAAACGAUCACGAAUUCGCAUGAGCGGCGAUUUAGGAGUGCCGCUCUUUCAGUUACAACCACCGUCCGUUUUUACGUUUCACGGUCCGCGAUAAUUUAUCGCGUUUUCGGGCUUAGCCGAGCAACGGUACCGUGACUCAGCGAGAGAGACUGCCAGACAACGGCCACUUACAGGCAAGUGCUCUAUUUAUCCGCCGUGAAAUCCUGACGGGGUGUUUAAGCGAACAAGUAGAUUGUACCUUUGAUGUCGAAGCAUGUCGAAGCAACGGCACCGCCGCGGCAUUCACACCAUAGCGUUACCUUGUCCCGCAACGGGAGGAAUUAUCGUUCGCGUGCUAUC